CCCCUCUCCUGGUUUACUCAUCAAUCAGGAUCUAGGGUUCAUCAAGUCAUUCAAAAUCACUUUCAUGAAUUACUCUUCAAAAUUGAUAUUUGGGAUCUCCAAACUCCUGAUUUGAUUGCACAAUAGGCGAAUUUGUAGUGAUUCCCUUCAAAUAUCAAAUUCCCACGAAACAAACGGUACGCCGUGAAUUCAAUUUUGUUGUGUAUCUCCCAAAUUGUGAUAUCAGGAUCAAUUCACAUCGCUAGGGUUCCAAUUCUUUCAAGUACCUGAUUUCGAACGAGUUCAAUUUUGUUAUCGAGUAACCCUUCAUGAUACGAGAGUCUGAAUAUGAGCAAUGGAGGUGGAGUAGACGACAACGAGUUCGAUGAAAAGAAAAAUCGAGUAGCCGCUGAUGAAUUCGGUAGAGCUGUCGCAAAAGUAGCAGUAGCUCAGAUAUGCGAGCGUGUUGGUUUCCACAGUGUUAACGAUUCUGCUCUAGCGUCUCUCGCCGAUAUUGCUAUCAGGUACGUGAAAGAUUUAGGGAAAACCUCAAAGUUUUACGCUAAUGUAGCCAAUAGAACAGAGUGCAAUGUGUUCGACGUAAUUCAAAGCUUGGAGGAUUUGAGUUCUUCUGUCGGGUUUCCAGGCGGGUCAGAAACCUGUACAAAUUUGAUCCGUUCUAGUUCUUCCAUGAAGGAGAUCAUGGAGUACGUUGAAGCCAUUGAAGAAGACGAACUUCCUUUUGCUCAACCUAUUCCCACUUUUCCGAUUGUUAGAGAUAGAAAAUUAACCCCAAGUUUUCUCCAAAUGGGUGAAACACCAGAGUUCAAACACGUACCUGAUUGGCUACCUGCAUUUCCAGAUCCCCAUACUUACAUUCACUCUGCUGUAUGGAACGAGAGGACUUCAGAUCCAAGAUCAGAUAAAGUUGAGCUCGCUAGACAAAGAAGAAAAGCCGAAAACUCAUUGUUGACUUUACAAAAACGAUUGUUGUCUAAAUCACCUCCAACAUCAUCUUCUUCUGAGGUCGCAAAUGGCAGUAGCAAGAAGAUCCGAUUUGGAUUUGGUGAGAAGCCAGUUGUUUUGUCAGAUAAACACGUGAAUGAUGUGAAUUUGGAGAAUCAUGUGUCUAUAUUGGAGGCGUUUGCACCUGUUAUUGAAGCUUUGAAUAGUAGGGUUUCUGAAUCUGGUGAGAAUGGUGAAACUGAAAGAGAUGUUCUUGAUAAGAGACCUGCUGUUCGAUUGAAUUUUAGUAAUGGAAGGAAACUGAUUGGUGAUUCCUUGGAUUUGAGGUUAUGGAAUAGGGGUACUGGAAGGAUUUCAUCAUGGUUUGGGCGUGAUGAUGUGAUGGAUGAGAAGAAGAGGAGAGCUGAGUAUAUUUUGAGACAAUCUAUGGAGAACAGGUUGGAUCUUGCUCAGUUGUAGAGAUGAAAUUACUGAAUUGCCCUUUAUGAUAUACAUAGACAUUAGAUCUGUGUGAAAUCUUUAUAGUAGUUCCUCAUAGUUUUGAAAAGAUUGUAGCUUUAUCAUGCAAAGAAACCAUUUUGAGCAGUUGAACAAGUUAUUUAUUGUGCAUUGUCCUUUUGAAUUUGUUAAUUCUUGUGAAGUAUUUUUACAAUUUUUAAUCGAUAUUUAAUUAAAUUGA